CUGGCUAUGUUGGACUUAAGAACCAAGGAGCCACAUGCUACAUGAAUUCUCUUCUUCAGACACUCUACCAUAUUCCUUACUUCAGAAAGGCUGUGUAUCACAUGCCCACGACUGAGAAUGACAUGCCAUCAGGAAGCAUCCCUCUCGCUCUGCAGAGUUUGUUUUAUAAACUUCAGUACAGUGACACAAGUGUAGCAACAAAAGAGCUGACGAAAUCUUUCGGGUGGGACACUUACGAUUCUUUCAUGCAGCAUGAUGUGCAAGAACUUAAUAGGGUCCUUAGUGAAAAGCUUGAAGAUAAAAUGAAGGGAACUGUUGUAGAGGGAACAAUACAACAGUUGUUUGAAGGGCACCAUAUGAAUUAUAUAGAGUGCAUCAAUGUGGAUUACAAGUCCACUAGGAAGGAAUCAUUUUAUGAUCUUCAGCUUGAUGUCAAAGGUUGUCGAGAUGUAUAUGCAUCUUUUGACAAGUACGUUGAAGUGGAGAGUCUUGAAGGUGAUAAUAAAUAUCAUGCCGAACAACAUGGG